AUGAUCAACGUGAAGCGCUACCAGCGCCGCUACCAGCACGCCAGCCGGAUGUGCCUGAUCGGCCCGAACUGCGCCGGCGUCAUCAGCCCGGGCCGGGCCAUGAUGGGCAUCAUGCCCCCGCACAUCUAUGAGCGGGGCCCGGUCGGCAUCGUCAGCCGGUCGGGAACGCUCGGUACGAGGCGGCGUCGCAGCUCAAAGGCGUCGGAAUCGGGGUCAGCACCAGCGUCGGAAUGUCGGAGACCCGAUAACGGCAGCUCGUUCCUCGACCACCUCAAGCGCUUCGCAGCCGACGCGAGACCGAGGCGAUCGUGA